UUCGUGUGGUGUGCGAGGACGUAUCUCGUCCUGGUUUGAGUGUUGUUGCUUGUGUUUAGAUUUUAAGACGUUUUAAGGAUAUUUCACCGUUUUUUCCGACAAUGUGGGAUUCGAUAAGCACGGAUUCUUGUGAUGUCUGCCAGUGCCCUCCAAGAUCGAAACGAGGGGACGAUUCUUGUUUGGAUAAAGAAAACAUUCAGCAAGCGUUAAGUCCGGUCAAAAUUGAAGAAUUGUCGUUUUACGGAAAUUCGAGUUCUCCGGUAACCCUUUGUUCCGGGACUUCACCGAAUCAUUGCAACCACAAUAUUAUAACUCGGCGCCCCCUUGAAGACCAUGAUCCCAAUUCGCGCGAUUCGGGUUACGUUACUAAUUACAAUGAGGGUAAAUUUUCGACUUAUGCUUCGCCAACUCGGGGGUCGUUUGAACUGGCCUCGAUUGGGUCAAUGGAGGAUGCGUUUUUUGAGGAUUUUUCCGACAUCGAGCCGUUGGAGGAUAACUUGCCGCAGGAUUUCGGGAAAUUGAUCACUGGACCGAUUAAUUUCCAGAACAGGAGAGAGAAACCGGCUUCGCCAAGGGAUCUAGCAAUUCGGCCCUUAUUUCGCCGGGCUUUGUCCCUACAAAAUGAAAGGACACCGCCAAGCCGGGCGAGAUCUUGUCUCUUCAAAACAGCAGAAUCGCGCCCGUUUAAAAGACCAGAACCUCCGCAAGAUUUCGAAAGUCCCGAUUCGAAGAAACAGAAGAUUGAGGAGGAUGAAGCGGCGGUUCCUUCCGUCCCAAAGCCGGUUCUUCAGAGGUGCAUUUCCGCAACCGAGGAGAGUAUCAUGUGUGCGGUUCAAAGGUCUUUCGUGGAACCAGACCUGAUCGGGGAUUUUAGCAAGACGUUUUGUUUGCCGUUAACACAAGGACGUCAUCAGGACUUGAAGUGUAUCACUGCUGACACUUUGGCUAAACUCAUCCGAGGUGAUUUUAACGGAAACGUCGCCUCUUUUAAAGUUAUAGAUUGUCGCUACCCUUAUGAAUACGAAGGUGGCCAUAUUGACGGCGCCAUUAAUGUCUACACCAAGGAGCAGUGCAUGGAACUACUGACUAAUGUCGAGGCUUUGAGCAAAGAGCCGCGCAAAAGGAGCAAUAUCCUAGUUUUUCAUUGCGAAUUUUCGAGCAAGAGAGGUCCAGAUUUAUAUCGGUAUUUGCGUGAACAGGACCGCCAGUUGAACCAGGACGUCUACCCCUCGUUGCACUACCCUGAAGUUUACUUGCUUGAGGGUGGGUAUAAGAAGUUUUUCGAGGAAUUUUCCGACUUGUGCGUUCCUAUAGCCUACACGGAGAUGCUACACCCGGAACAUGAAAAUGAGUUGCGACAUUUCAGGCUCAAAUCCAAAACUUGGAAUGCUGAUACGCGUCAACGUUCCGGGAGUCGCCUCAAUUUGAAAAGACUCGGACUGUAAAUAUCGAAUCCCAGUGCCAAAAUUUGUGAGAUAGUACAAAAUACAAGUGCGUGGACUUGUUUUGCCAAAUGAUAUGUACAAAGUAAUGUGCUAUAUUAGCAUGUAUCCUGAAGACUUAGUCUUCUUAGUGUAUAUUACAACUUGUAUAUAAGAGAGUACCUAAAUAGCUUGCUCCAGAUUCAUCGAGAUGAGAUCUUUCCUUUUGCAAUGCUAAACCACCAAAGUUUUCUUUUUGUUAUUUUUAGACAGUCGACGGAUCACUCUGAUCCCCCUUUUUAAUUUAUUUUUUUAUGUGCAAUUUGAACAGCAAUAACGAUGUGAUGUUGCAUUUCUUUACCAGUACAUUAUGCUUCCUUGCUGUUGCGCUGGUGUUUGUUUGCAGAUUUUUAUGUUCAUUUUAUUAGUUUAGUAUAGUCUAAGUGUCAGUAUUGUUUUUUGUAUCCUUCAGCAUAUUCAAAUGUGUUCGAAUGCAACGGCUGGGGAUUUUUUACUACUUUGAAUGUGAUUUGUUCACUAUUUGGACGGACUGAUGCUUACCCAACCGUUGCAUCAUAGAUUUUUAAAGUGAUACUUAAUAUUAUAGAUCUGUACAAUAUUUUAAUAUUUUUAUAACUUAUGAUAAUUACAUUUUUGUUCCACA